GGCUCCUAUGGUCAGGCUCCUAUGGCAUAUACACUGACUUGUCUAUACUGUCUCUUCUUUAGGGUGUGUACAUUCCUAAUUCCCGGAGGGUCCCUGCUGCAGAGCCGUACCGGUCUGGUGACAUAAUCGUGCUCUUCAUUGACGGCGCACGCUUCCUGCCAGACGCUGUGACGGUCACUCGGGUCACCGGGAGGAUAUUUGACAAGAACUACGACCAGAUCGGGCCGGAUAUCUGCACCGGGAUUGAUCUGAGCAGCGACAUUUUCCAGCCGUCCUACAAUUACUCAGUACAGAUCAAUUCUCCGAACGUCCCUCCUACCGCCACCCUGCUGCUGAAGGUUUACACUAUGGACCGGUUCACCAGGGACCUGACCCUGAUCGGAUGGGCGGCCAUUAAUCUCUUUGUGGAGUCCGGGACCCAAAUGGUGCCAAAAUCUGAUUCUGGAGAGGUUCAGGUGUCUAUAAAUGAAGGGGCGCACCAGAUCCGAAUCUAUCACCGCCCCCCACCUACCGACCAGGCGUUCUCUGUAGAGUCACUGACAUCAUCAGGACGGAUCGUUCCCUGCGCCACAUUAUUGAUCCGCAUCACAAAAGCUGGAACUGCAACCGCCACUAGGGGGCGCCCUGAAUACUCUCAUGGGGUUUACAGUUCCAGCACCGCUCAGCCCACCCCGGGGGAGACCGAGCUGUACAGAGCGAUGGUGAACAGGUCAAUGGUCCAGGUCAGGGAGGUGAUUCCUCUGCUCGCCGAUGGUUCUGCGCAGGGUCUGGUGGUGGACGAGCUCCUUUCUGAUUGGGUAAAUAAGGCCUUUUCUGAGAAGAUGAAGGAAGCCCCCCGACCAUUCCAGCUGUGCUGCGUCUCCCCGUAUCUCGUCACAUCAGGUGUGAAGGUCUCAGUGGACGUAGCCCAAAAUUUGCCAUGGGCCGGUUUCACCUUCACUCACGUUUGCUUCAACCCCCCAGCAGCCUAUUAUUAUGGGCAUCCGUGGAUGAGGUACGACCGCACCACAACCGUCCACGACAUCGAUAUGGACAGUGAUCAGCGAUGCCCGGCGUGGCGGGAUGGAUUCAAGACCUUCACUGGCAGAAUAUUCCAUAAACAUCUGACCAUUAUAAUCCACCUGCAUGAGAUUGUGGCCCAAGAACCUGAGAACAUCCCAAAUUCUGAGGGGCCCCGGCCGGCAUCAUCACUGCAGGACACCACACCAGCGCUCAGUCCGGCCUCACAAGCAUGGACGGCAAUGGGAGUCUUCUACAAACGUUACUGUAACCUUGGGGUGUAUCAGCUGCCCCUGUACCAAGGAGCCCCCAACCAGACUGUGCUGCGGGCCCUGCGGUCAGGACACUGCCAAGAAAAAUUGCAGGAGCUGGAAAAGGAGGGAUCGAUUACGAGGUUGGCGGCAGCAUCGCUCAUUGUGCGGAUAGCGGAUGGACGGCGCCAGGAGGAGGCGAGGACCUACAAUCUGCAGGACAUAAACGUGACAUACUUACCGGAGGACGCCAUCGACUCGUACACCGCACAGCCGAGCGGGAGGAAGAUGGCGGAGCUUGUACCUGGCACGCAGCAUCCAGACACCUUCAAGAUGACCCUAGUGAACUGGUACAGAAAGUACGUGACACACACUCCCUUCCGAUCCAGCACAGAGCAAACACAUCCGCAGAGGACCCUAGGAGAGAACGGCCGACCCCGGUGACCCCAGACACAUCCAGCAAUGAACAAUCCACCAGCAGCGGCCAAUCAAUCAUGUGAUCACUUAUGACUAAGAAUCGCUCUGCUUCGCCAUUACGGACUAGUUCAUAACAUUUUUACCUUAUUACUUACAUUUUUUUUUUUCCGUGACAAAAAUUAAAGUAACCUCGAAAGGAGGUCGUGGUCACAUGACUGCUGCAACUUAGCGAGUGUUCACAAGGGGGCAGUCUAUUAAGUUGUAUGCAGGGUCGGCUACAAUACCUAACACUUCUAUGACUGAGGGUAAAACCUUUGGGGCGGGAGAGAAGUUUGGAGCAGAAGGGGAAUGAUCUUCAUUUGGUGAUGGGAAUAAAAGACUACAGGAUCGGAAAACAGGGAUUGGUUAUGGUUACCAUGGAGAUGCAUGGGUCUGCAUAGGGGUGAAAAAUACAUUUUGCAAGAGUUUAUUCUAUAUAUUUAAUGAAAAUAAAUUAUAUAAUCCAGCACACCGAACCACAUGACUGAUUACAGCUAAGGAACUUAAAGGAGUACUGCAGUAAAAUAAACGUAUCCCCUAUCCGAGUGUCUGAUUGCGGGGUGUCCGAACACUGGGACCCUCCGCACAGGGUCCCUGACACUGCUGCAGCUCUCC